UUUUUUAUGCUUAAACAUGACAUGAGAUGAGUCAAAAAAAGCAUAAAAAAAUCUCUAGGAGUCUAAAAAAAAGGUGAAAUGCGCGAUAUGUGGAUCGCUCAACGGAAGAAAGAUCUAAUCUUAUUAUGUGUAGAACCUCUUUGGACAACAACUAGUCAUUUCCAAUAGAAAGUAUGUAUUGUCGUAAUCUAAUAUAAUUAGAAUAGCGGAACGGCUUUCUCUUCUCUUAGAACAGUAAAAGUAAAGAAAGAGGGAAACAAAUAAAGAAAAAAAGAAAAAACCAAUUUCAGAUUUUUUCUUUUUGUAAUAUCCAUAAUUCUGGUAAGAGCUGGUUUAUCAAAAUAGAAUAUUUAGGAAGAAUUCGGUUGGAAAAAAUUUCCUAUCAUGCGUAGAUUUAGGUUUCGAAAUACAACUAUAGUAAUCAUUCAUUCUUUGAUCGAAUGGUUAUUAUUCAUUAUUGUAUUUUCUUAUUCAUUACUGUAUUUCAGUAUAAUUUUGAAACAGAGACAUUCUUUUUUUAAAGCUUUGCAAAACGAUCAAUUAAACAAUUGAUAGAAUUCAAUUACUCAAUCGAUUACUCGAUUAGUAGUACCCCUAGAGUCCACUCCUUCCCCAUACUACGAGUGAGAGGGAAAAUGUAAAGACUACCAUUAAAGCAGCCCAAGCGAGACUUACUAUAUCCAUAUAAAUUAUGUCUCCUAUCUCUAUGAAGGAAUUAUUCCAUUAUUGAUCAAUAAUCAUAGUGGAAUCAAUGGCGCAGAGUCAAAAUGGAAUUCUGACUUAACUUAAGGCUAUUGAUGAACCAAUCCAAUGAAUCUACUCGUAACAAGAUUAUAAGAUUUCUGGUAGAAUCGGGAAGCAUUAAGCAUAAAUACAAUACACACACCUUUUCUCGGAAAAUGAAAUAACAAAGGAAUACUCCUAUCCCAAUGGAACAUGUAGGAGUACUAAGACCUAUUGUUUGUUACCCUUUUUCAUAAGCAAAAGACAUCAAAAUAUACCAUCAAGAUAGAUAACUAUCUAUCAGAUACCUCUAUUUCCUAUUUGAUCUAAGCCUUACUGUUUUUUUUGUGAAAGAAUGGGGAGACACCAUCACCAGUAUUACAUACAUUCUUUCUUUUUUUCGUAAUCCCCCUAUCUUACACGGGCAAAGAAAUUCCUACACGGGCAAAGAAAUUUUUUUGUUUCUUCAACUUUUACUUUUACUCUUUACUCAAUAAGAGCCGACCAACUAUCCUGAUUGAAUGUUUGAGUACUCAGAGACUCUCGUGAGUCUGGAUACAAAGUAUCUUCAGUCCUUUCCACAACUUCUAAAUUGAUUUCCCAUCAGCCUAUCCAAUCGAAUUCCAGACAGAGUCAGUAGACACAACGGUGGUAGUGUAAAAUAAUUAGGAAUUCUUGAUAGUCUUUCGUACAAUCUCUUCUUCAAUCCUAGUAGCAAAAAUGGAGUGUCCUUUAGGAACCUUUGGAUACCAAGAUUUCCGACCUCUUACUUUCGUAGUUUUGAAUCCCAGAAUUUACUUUCACUAUUUAUUUAUUCUACUUAUAAAAUAAAUGUCCGAACCAAUCAUAAUCAUAUUAAAAUCAUAAUCAUAUUAAUAAGUAAGGCUUACUUCAUCCCUAUUUGUACCGGUUUGGGCCACACCCAAAGCCCGGAUUUUUAGAAAAAAAUUGACUUUCUUUAAAAAAAUUGACUUUCUUUAUAGAACUACAGAUUCUAAAAAUAAAGUAUCGAUAGGCUUAUCCUUUUGCCUCUCCUUCUCCGGGGACAGAAUUCGUCGAGUUAAAUCAGCAGAAUAAGAAAUCCCAAGUUUUUUGUUGAUCAGGCGACACCCAGAUUUGAACUGGGGAUAAAGGAUUUGCAGUCCCCCGCCUUACCACUUGGCCAUGUCGCCAAACCAAAUUCGAUCCAAAUAAGAUAAAAAAUAGAUUUCUGGUCAAAGACUGAAAAAUUCAGGGCAAAUUGGAACCAUUAACUAUUUGUUUUGUUGUUUUGAAUUAGCGAAAGGUUCUUCAAUUUGUAUCUCAAAUUGUUGCGUUUCCUUAAUGGCAUAACAAAAUCAAAUUGAUUUAUGACUAAUUCAGUAUCAAUUAUUUUCAAUAAUCAAUCUUUUUCAAUUUCAAUUAUAACAAUAUAAAUUAUAACAAUAUAUAUGUGUAUAUGUAAACCUCAAAACAGAAAUUGUUACACAGAUACCGCUCUUAUGUACAUAUCCCAUAUCCCUAUAGAGAAUCGUCGUGCCUUCUUUUUUCAUUUUCUAUAUGCAAUAGAAAAAAUAGGAAUUAUGAUAUAGUGCGACCUGACUUCUGUUGCCACAAGUGAAAUUACGAUAAAAGAUGUGAUAUGCGGACAGGUAGAUAGCUAUAUUGGCAUGCACUUAAUAAAUAUUACUCCUAUUACGCAAUUCAAUCAUAUUCUAUAUAUUCUACUAGCAAAAAAAUAAUUCGAAAUUUUUUUUGAACAUGAAAUGAAACUCAAAUAAAAUUAAGUAUGCUAAAAAGGGAAACUCUAUAUUGUUCCUGUUGUACCUGUCGCAAAUUCGAACUUGCGUCGAAAAUGCUCUUCAUUCCUCUGUCUCAUUUCCGUUCAUACGUAUGAAAUACAUAUAUGGUAUAUGGAGUUGGCUAAAAUUUCAUGUGAUUCAGUAAACAGAAUAUACAUUCCAUCAUUGCUAGAUCGAUCCGUAUGGUUCGAUAAAUAGUGAGCUAAUAAUGGGAUUUUUCAAUAAACAGGAAACUUAAGAUUAAGAUGCUCCGGAAUGAUGGAAAUGAGGGAAUGUCCACAAUACCUGGAUUUAGUCAGAUCCAAUUUGAGGGAUUUUGUAGGUUCAUUAAUGAGGGCUUGACGGAAGAAUUUCAUAAGUUUCCAAAAAUUGAAGAUACAGAUCAAGAAAUUGAAUUUAAAUUAUUUGUGGAAAGAUAUCAAUUGGUAGAACCCUUGAUAAACGAAAGAGAUGCUGUGUAUGAAUCACUCACAUAUUCUUCUGAAUUAUAUGUACCCGCGGGAUUAAUUUGGAAAACCGGUAGAGAUAUGCAAGAACAAACCGUUUUUAUUGGAAACAUUCCCCUAAUGAAUUCCCUGGGAACCUUUAUAGUAAAUGGAAUAUACAGAAUUGUGAUCAAUCAAAUAUUGCAAAGUCCUGGUAUUUACUACCGUUCAGAAUUGGACCAUAACGGAAUUUCUGUCUAUACCAGCACAAUAAUAUCAGAUUGGGGAGGAAGAUCGGAAUUAGAAAUUGAUAGAAAAGCAAGGAUAUGGGCCCGUGUAAGUAGGAAACAAAAAAUAUCUAUUCUAAUUCUAUCAUCAGCUAUGGGUUCGAAUCUAAGAGAAAUUCUAGAUAAUGUUUGUUACCCUGAAAUUUUCUUGUCUUUCCCGAAUGAUAAGGAGAAAAAAAAGAUUGGGUCAAAAGAAAAUGCUAUUUUGGAAUUUUAUCAACAAUUUGCUUGUGUAGGCGGGGAUCCGGUAUUUUCUGAGUCUUUAUGUAAAGAAUUACAAAAGAAAUUUUUUCAACAAAGAUGUGAAUUAGGAAGGAUUGGUCGACGAAAUAUGAACCGGAGACUGAAUCUUGAUAUACCUCAGAACAAUACAUUUUUAUUACCACGAGAUGUAUUGGCUGCUGCGGAUCAUUUGAUCGGAAUUAAAUUUGGAAUGGGUACACUUGACGAUAUGAAUCACUUGAAAAAUAAACGGAUUCGUUCUAUAGCGGAUCUGUUACAGGAUCAAUUCGGACUGGCUCUUGUUCGUUUAGAAAAUGCGGUUCGAGGAACUAUAUGUGGAGCAAUUCGGCAUAAAUUGAUACCGACUCCUCAAAAUUUGGUAACUUCAACUUCAUUAACAACCACUUAUGAAUCGUUUUUUGGCCUACAUCCUUUAUCUCAAGUUUUGGAUCGAACUAAUCCAUUGACACAAAUCGUUCAUGGGCGAAAAUUGAGUUAUUUGGGUCCUGGAGGAUUGACGGGGCGAACUGCUAGUUUUCGGAUACGAGAUAUUCAUCCUAGCCACUAUGGACGUAUUUGUCCAAUUGACACGUCCGAAGGAAUCAAUGUUGGACUUAUUGGAUCCUUAGCCAUUCAUGUGAGGAUUGGCCAUUGGGGAUCUAUAGAGAGUCCAUUUUAUGAAAUAUCUGAAAGAUCAAAAGAGGCACAGAUAGUUUAUUUAUCACCAAAUAGAGAUGAAUAUUAUAUGGUAGCAGCGGGAAAUUCUUUGGCCUUGAAUCGGGGUAUUCAGGAAGAACAGGUUGUUCCAGCCCGAUACCGUCAAGAGUUCCUGACUAUUGCAUGGGAACAGAUUCAUCUUAGAAGUAUUUUUCCCUUCCAAUAUUUUUCUAUUGGAGCUUCCCUCAUUCCUUUUAUCGAGCAUAAUGAUGCGAAUCGGGCUUUAAUGAGUUCUAAUAUGCAGCGCCAAGCAGUUCCGCUUUCUCAGUCCGAGAGGUGCAUUGUUGGAACUGGACUGGAACGCCAAACGGCUCUGGAUUCGGGGGUUUCCGCUAUAGCCGAACACGAGGGAAAGAUCAUUUAUACUGACCCUCACAAGAUCAUUUUAUCAAGUAAUGGGGACACUACUAUAAGUAUAAGUAUUCCAUUAGUUAUCUAUCAACGUUCCAACAAAAAUACUUGUAUGCAUCAAAAACCUCAGGUUCCGCGGGGUAAAUGCAUUAAAAAAGGACAAAUUUUAGCGGACGGUGCGGCUACAGUUGGGGGGGAACUUGCUUUAGGAAAAAACGUAUUAGUAGCUUAUAUGCCAUGGGAGGGUUACAAUUCUGAAGACGCAGUACUAAUUAGCGAACGUCUGGUAUAUGAAGAUAUUUAUACUUCUUUUCACAUCCGGAAAUAUGAAAUUCAGACUCAUGUGACAAGCCAAGGACCUGAAAGAAUCACUAAGGAAAUACCACAUCUAGAGGCUCAUUUACUCCGCAAUUUAGACAGAAAUGGAGUUGUGAUGCUGGGAUCUUGGGUAGAAACAGGUGAUAUUUUAGUAGGUAAAUUAACACCUCAGACAGCAAACGAAUCGUCGUAUGCUCCAGAGGAUAGAUUAUUACGAGCCAUACUUGGAAUUCAGGUAUCCACUGCAAAAGAAACUUCUCUAAAACUACCUAUAGGCGGAAGAGGUCGCGUUAUUGAUGUGAGAUGGAUCCGGAAAAAGGGGGGUUCCUGUUAUAAUUCAGAAAUGAUUCGUGUAUAUAUUUCACAGAAACGUGAAAUCAAAGUAGGUGAUAAAGUAGCUGGAAGACAUGGGAAUAAGGGUAUCAUUUCAAAAAUUUUGCCUAGACAAGAUAUGCCCUAUUUGCAAGAUGGAACACCUGUUGAUAUGGUCUUCAACCCAUUAGGAGUACCAUCACGAAUGAAUGUGGGACAGAUAUUUGAAUGCUCGCUCGGGUUAGCGGGGGAUCUGCUAAAGAGACAUUAUAGAAUAGCACCUUUUGAUGAGAGAUAUGAGCAAGAGGCUUCGAGAAAACUAGUGUUUUCCGAAUUAUAUGAAGCCAGUAAGCAAACAAAAAAUCCAUGGGUAUUUGAACCCGAAUAUCCGGGAAAAAGCAGAAUAUUUGAUGGAAGAACAGGAAAUCCUUUUGAACAACCUGUUCUAAUAGGAAAGUCCUAUAUUUUAAAAUUAAUUCAUCAAGUUGAUGAUAAAAUCCAUGGACGUUCUAGUGGACAUUACGCACUUGUUACACAACAACCCCUUAGAGGAAGG